GGGGGGGGGCGGGGUGGGAAAGGGAGACAUGGCGAGUCUGAUCCCCUCAGCGGCGGCGUCUUCUUCUCCCGCCGGCGCUCCAUCCCGUAGUAAGAAGCGUCCGGCAAGCCCGGGCACUGGCAGCGGUCCCUCUAAGAAGAAGAAAGCGGCAGCGCCGGGAGGCUCGCAGAGUGCAGGUGGAGAGACUGUGAAUGAAAACAAAUUUCUGAACACAGACUCCAGCACAGGAUCAGUGGAAACAACUGUCAAGCCCUUACCAUUUAAAGAUCCAAACUUCAUCCACUCCGGCAUUGGUGGAGCAGCAGCUGGCAAGAAGAACAGAACUUGGAAGAACCUAAAACAAAUUCUUGCUUCUGAAAGGGCAUUGCCAUGGCAACUAAAUGAUCCGAGCUACUUCAAUAUUGAUGCUCCUCCUUCCUUUAAGCCUGCCAAGAAAUAUUCGGACAUUUCAGGACUUCCGGCAAACUACACAGAUCCCCAGAGCAAGCUGAGAUUUAGUACUAUUGAAGAAUUUGCCUAUAUUCGGAUGCUCCCUUCAGAUGUGGUUACAGGAUACCUGGCUCUAAGGAAAGCAACAAGUAUUGUUUCUUGAAGAGACCAAAUACUGUUGUGUAUCACUUGUGAACAGUGCUGAUUCUGAGAAUCAUGAUUGAAACCAUCUGUUGGAGUGAGGUUCCUUCAAAAUAUCCGUGGGUAUUUGCAUCUGGAAGUAGUUGAUGAUACAUGGAUUUGAAGAACAUAUGGAUUCAAUUUUGAUAAAUGCUGAUAUUUGUUAGUCAAUUUCUAAGCCAUUUGGUUUGAUGAACAGAAUAACAGACCUUAAGGAUACAUCUGCACUGUAGUGUCUGAGUUAUAUUAAUUUCCAUAGAGACAAGAUUUCAUCUCCACCCUGUAUAUUUUGUGUACUGCUGUGACUCAGAAGAAACAAGCAUUUGAAUUAAGGAAAAGGUACCAAGAUAUCCCAUCUUCUAAACGUGUCUUGCUAGAUGUGCUUGCUGCUUGGUCAUGAAGAGGUUUGUCCCAUCUGUAGAAUGAGGCUAAGAUAUCUAGCAAGUGCUGCUGUUGUGAUGACUGUUAGUGGUACUGAACACUGUGGAAAUGAACAGCUUCACACAAAUAUUUGCAUUGAAGAACUGUCAGCAUAAAUAAAGUUGGACUGAAAGUUGUUUUUAAAAUAUCCUAAUGAAUAUGCAUAACAGCAUCAAAUAUUCAGGUAACUCUUAAUCAUGACACCUUGGUUUUAAGUGCUUCAUUUCACAAGCUGACUGUUCUUCUACCUUUUCUAAUUAGUAUAAAGUUAGGACUAAUUAGUACAAAAAUGUACUAAUUUUGUGGACUUUUUAAAAAUGAUGCUAAAACAAGCAGGAAAUCCACUGUCCAGUGGCACUCUGACACCUAGAUGGUCUUCAGCAAAGCAAGACCUCCCAUGGCAGAAUGCUGACCUUGGCAUCGUGAGGUAGCAGAAGAAUAACCUAUAGCAACUGAACAUUGUCACCUUUUCGACGAAGAAUACUGAAGGAGAGUUUGGAGUCUCCCUAGAGGGGCCUGCUAAGUAUACGCCAACGCUACAAUGACCAAGAUUUCCUGAAACUAAGUGUGGGGCAAGGAGGCAGAAGGUUUUCUGCAAAUUCUUUCUUUUUGUCCUCUGUCUUAUGACCAGCUGCUGAUUUUUUGCGUUCUCAGUUCUGCAUCUUUGUCCCAGCUUUGGACUCUUGUCAUGUUUUAAUCUGGACUCCCAAGUUCAGGCUCAGCCAUUCCUAGCCUCCAGCCACCUGGCCUUCAUGCCCACACAACACCAACUGCCCCAUAGCUGGGGCACUUACCUCCUUAGCUCUCUGAGUCAGUGGGUGUUAGCCAGAAAGGCAGCUAGGCCAAGUUACCACUUGCUAUGGGAAUGUUCUCCUGUGUGCAAAACUGCCAAGUGAAGGACUUGUCCCAUACCUUGUGAGUCCCGGACUGCCCAGGUCACUAAGGAGAAGAGACACUGGUCACGGGACAGCAGUCCUAUCUCACCUGAGCUCCAUCAUGGACCCUGGGAUCUUGUGCAAGGCGCCUCUUCUCUCUGAGUGCACAAGCUUCAGGCAGCGGUGACUAGUUAAUGUCUAAGCUGCAUCUUGAUUGCACAUUUUUAUAGACAUGAUAAUUAUUAAAACUUUAUUUUUUUUUCUUAUUGAAUGAAUAAAUAUGCAGUGUAUUACUCGUGCUAGUUUAAUUUCUACUCCAAAACAGGAAAAACUAUAAAGGGACACAUUGUUUAAUGAAAUUCUGUGCGACUCAUUCCUCAGUUUCUGUGAUCUAAUAUUUACAAAACCAAAGUAAUUUGAAAAGUCUUUGACAGGCUUACAAUAGAUCCUUCAAAGCCCUGGAUACCAGAUAAUGCUACAACUGUAUCACAGAACAAAAAAGAAUAAGACAGGAUGUCUCUCUUCAUGCCAGUAAGCAUCCAAGCCACGUUCUCUUUGCAUCCGAGUUUUAGAAUGGAUGUUUUUGACUUACUUUACGUACUAAAGAUGUGUUUAUAAGAUAAGCUUAACACUGAUAUGAAAAGAAAACACACAGAACUGCUGUAAGAUCAUUUGUGCUUUAAAUAAGCAGACAGUUCAGAAAAUUGUAUUUCAACAGCCUGUUCUCUCCUACAAAUAUUUGUAACAUUCUUUGGGAAUGACCGUUUAAGAACCCAGGCUCCCUCACCAUCCGAAGCGUUCCACACGCUCUUGGGCUGUAUAUUAAGAUGUUGCUUCUCAACUAAUUUCUACUGUGCAGUGUUUAUACAUUCCAUUUUCAAAACCUAAGUGUUCUACUAAUCAAUAGGCAUAAAAAUAGUAAAUACAGCUUAGAUGUGGCAAAAACUUUAGCCAUUCUUCCCUCAAUGUUUUCUUUCCAUAUGGUGGCUGCCAGAUUCCCUUUCCUUUCCUUGUUUCUUCCUUUGUUAGCGUGUAGCCUUUUUUUUCUUAGUACUACCUCGGUUUUACUAAUUAGGCUGUGCAGUGCUCACGCCAAGAGUGAUGAGUCAGCCAUCAGCACCAUUCAGCCUUACACUGAUCAACAACAGCUUACUAUGUGGAACAAUCAAAACAAAUUUGUUCUAGCAUGACGCUGAGGACAGAAAAGAUUUAGGAGCCAACCUGUACGCUGUUGUUCGGUAUGAGUAGGUUCUUUUUGGGAACAACAUGUGGACCUGAUGCUCUCAUCAAUGCCUUCUGUGAAAGAACUGAGCAAUACCUACCUUGCUGCAUAUAAAAGAAAACAAGGGUAAGUGAAGAGCUAGUCUGUGCCACAGAGUAGUUUUAAAGUAUGUUUUAUUGCCAGUUUUAGAAGUGAAAAUUGAGUAGUACGUUUAUAUUUAAAUUUACUUAUAGGACAUUAUUUAGAUAAACAAAAAUAAUUUAAAUUCAAACUGAAAGAGGACCAAAGAAAGGAAUUUGGAAAGAGAAACAGUGAUAAAUAACAUUUCAGACUUGGAAGAAAGUAUAUUUUUACUAAUAGUACUGCCACAUCUGUAAAGCAGAAAGCCAACAGUCAGAGUGAGGAGUAAUUUGUUCCAGUACAACCAUUACUACCUGUGAAGUAUCAUCUGAAUGUGUUUGUUAAUACAUACCAUGGAUGGCUUCAGCCUCACAGGCAUUUGCAUUAGUAUGUUCCCCUGUCACCCCACUCCAUUGCCUCUGUAACGACUUGCAGCACACCAAUUGCUAAGCUCCCACAGAAAUCCCAGUGACAUUGAUGGGAAGUGAGUUUGUCCAGCAACCUGCAAGGUACAGUCCAACUGGCAA